AUGAAAGUAAAAUAUGCCACCCAGCUGUUCAGUCAAACUGUUGCAUCAAAUAUGGGAUAUCUUGCAGAUAAGGGUAUACUUCCUGAAGAAUCUAAGGAAACUGCUGAUAUCCUCUUAUUAUUUGAUAAAAUAUUUGACUCAGUCAAUGGCAGUUUUGGCAAAAGAAAGAAGCACGGGAAACCACUGCUGGGACCGGCAACACCGACUUCUGUGCAUCAUAAUAUGUGGAAGGAAUCAAAGGAAAUUAUUAAAACAAUGAAAUUUAUUAACUCUACAACAUCAAAAAAAGAAUCAGUUCCUACUAUAAAUAAUUGGGUAUGGACACUAGAUGGGAUAGAACUUUUGCUAAAAAAUUUGGAAAAUAAAUAUGGAGUCACAUCGGUGUGGUUGCGGCAUCUAAAUCAGGAUCCGCUAGAAAAUUUUUUUGGGUCCACAAGAAGCCACGGAUGCCGCAACGUCAAUCCAACUGCGGAAAAAUUCGAGGCCGCAUUUUCUACCCUCUUGGUAAAUAACAUAUCUAGUGUUCAUGCCCCAGGAGCAAAUUGUGAAAUUGACGAUUGUUUCGUCUUGCACCAAGUUCUCAUCACCGGUGGCAAGGGCAGCAAAAGACACGAUAUUUGCGAAAUAGAACAAAUCCCAGAUAUUACACUCACACCCCUUGAAGAAAAAAAUGACCCCCGCGAAAAGUUAUGGUGGGAUGAACUAGACAAAUUCCAUCCAAAUUGGACUAUACUUGCACAAGACCAUAAAACCUGGAAACCUAAAGGGAAGACCCAGCAUUGGGAUGAUUCAGGC